GAGAGCCUAAGGAGUGGCUUAGGAUUUGAGGCAAGAAGUGCUCUGGGGUCGGGAGAGAGAGGAUGGAGGUUUCUCAUUUACAAUUUGCCGAGGCUGCCUGUUUUUCCUUGAUGGUUGACGUUGGUUUUUUUGGGAUUACAACACCAGGACAGGAAAGUCUUUAAAGAGAAUGAGCACUAGGGGGACAAGGGCGUCUUGUCUUCGAGGAUAUGUACGGGAGCCUCGGCGGAGGAGAAUGGCUUUAGAUUUAGAUCUCAAUCACUUGCCACCAAAUGAAAGUGGGGAUCAGGAGGGGACUUCAUCUCGUGUGGCGCCGCAGGAACUUCAACCUGCUUUGAUUGAUGUGGAUGCCAUUAUUGAUGAUGAUGUUGUUAUUUCCUCGCCGAGGGCUUUUGCUGAAGCUAAAAACAAUGCCAGAAGGCAACAUGGAACGACUGUUGUGCAUGACGUAGAAUCCGGAGAACAAACCACUAGGUUCACUUGUAAUAACCGCAACAAGCGCAGGAGAGUUCCAGAAAACCAGACCAUUAUAAAUUGUGAUCUUUACAUAAAUUUGGAAGGCAGUAACAACACCAAGUCUCAUGGCAUGCCUCCGCCACCGCCACCACCAAAAGAGCCCACCUUUAGUUGUCCAAUUUGCAUGGGUCCAUUGGUUGAGGAGAUGUCAACAAAGUGUGGCCACAUCUUCUGUAAGAAAUGCAUCAAGGCUGCAGUAGCUGCGCAGAGUAAAUGCCCGACAUGUAGGAAAAGAAUCACGAUGAAAGAUACCAUCAGGGUGUAUCUUCCUGCAAUGAGUUAAAAAGAGUGUAAAACAGCUGCCCGCCAUAUGGCUUUGUAAGUUUUCUCUGUCGUGAAUGUGCUUCUGCUGUAUUUUAGGAUUUUGACUUUAAGAAAGGCAAUGUAUUUGUAUCUACUUCAAAAGCUUUUAAGGUUUAGCUUACCCAAAAAAAAGUUUUGCAAGACGUACGAGUACAUGGAAACAUAAAUGGAACUUAAUCUUACCCAGGAAAAAGUCAUGCAAAGAUAUCAGAGUACAUGGAAACAAAAAUGGAACCUAGUCUGAAGGAAAGAUGGGGAAAUGAUGGUGAUAACAUAAAUGGAACUUAAUCUUACUCAAGAAAAAGUCUUGCAAAGAUAUGAGAGUCCACGGAAACAUAAAUUGAACUUAGUCUGAAGGAAAGACGGGAAAUGAUGGGGAUGGUGGGUGCAAGAUCAGCUUGGGAACCAAGGUUUAGGAAGUGGGAUUUUAUUGGUACCAUUAUGUAGUUUUAAUUUGCUUGUGAUUUGUUUUUAGGGAUUUAGGAUUUUUGUAGGUUUUAAAAGUAUUUCUAGCCGUGUGGCUGAACUGGGUUGAUUUGGAUUCAUUGCUUCCCCACUCCACUUUUUUUUUUUAUAAAUUUUUAUUCAUCAUCUGCAAAAGAAGAGUAGAAUUCUAAAAAAAUGUUUUAAAAUUGUUCGACUUUUUUAACAUAGUUGUCAGUUAAUUUUAUGUAUUUAAUAAUGCUUAUUGCAUUUAUUUUUUAAUUUUUUUAAAAAAAUUCAAGAUGCCAGUAUGUGACCAGAAAAUUAUAGAAACUUUUGUUUUUGUUUUUUGGUAGUAGUAGUGUCUAAAUAUUGUUAAUUUCUUUAUAUGAGCAUGCAACUUUUGCUUCAAAACAAUGCACAUUUGUGUGCAUGGUAUGGUAUAUAGGGGCUGAGUGGAAAUUUUUGUUAUUUGUUCAAACGACUGCUGAUAGGCAUGUUGCUGAAUUACAGGCAUUAAGGCUUGAACCUUCAUCGCAUCAAAGAGAUUGCAACAGAUUGUUUUUUACGCACUGAGUUGAAUGAAACAAGAUUUGGCAUGUCAGAGUGGUCAUUAUAUUUGAAUUUAAUUAUGGACUCAUUUUUUAUGGAGUCAAAAUUAUGUGCCAAAUGACGAUGAUGAAUCAUGCUAGUAUAGUGAUUAGUGAGAGGUUUCUAUUUUGUUCUCUCUCAAUCUCUCUCUUGUCCCACUUCAAGGGAUCAAUUUUGAGAUGGUUACUCUUGUAUUGUAUCCUCGCUAGCACGAAGGUAGAUUGUCCUACCUGGUUGGUGCCACUGGGAAUUACAUUUUGCAUCUGGAAAAGUUGGACUGAAAUCUUAGCCCUUAAAUUAAGGUACUGUUUGGUUCAUGGAA